CUGGCACGGAAUGUGGUGAUCCGGCCCGGGGAGGAGGAUGACUUCAUGCAGCCGGAGCGCGGCGGCGGGAGCAGCUGCUGCAGCCGGCAGGUGGGGUUGGGGCCGGUGGAGCUGACCACGCACUCGGCCGGGCGCGGCGGCACUGCGGCCCCGGGGCAGCGGGCGCUGGGACUCGCGCUGACUGCAUCCAGAGAAGGUUAUUGAGUUUCUGGAAGGCCUGGUUUUCCAGAGGAGCAGUUUCUGGUAGAAGUCUGAAGGUGUGAUCCACAAAAAAAAAAAAAAAAAAAAAAUCAAGUAUAGCCAAUGAAUUAAGGACAAGAAGGUUUCCAAUCAGUCCCUGCUAUGUGGAUAUUUGUUAGCAAUGACUGAUGUGGAAACUACAUAUGCAGAUUUCAUUGCUUCAGGAAGAACAGGUAGAAGAAAUGCAAUACAUGAUAUCCUGGUUUCCUCUGCAAGUGGCAACAGCAAUGAAUUAGCCUUGAAAUUAGCAGGUCUUGAUAUCAACAAGACAGAAGGUGAAGAAGAUGCACAACGAAAUUCCACAGAACAAAGUGGGGAAGCCCAGGGGGAAGCAGCAAAAUCUGAAAGCUAACAUCCCACUUUGAUAACUUCAGCAACACCUGACAAUGUCUCAAAUCUCCAGGCCUGGCUGGAAUGCAUUUGUUUCCGAGAGUGAAAGAGGGGGGAAAAAAGUAGCUGUGCUGCAUUAUAGGAAUCUGCUCAUUAUCAUGUCAAAAAUGGGGGCAGAGGCUGUGGCUGCAGACAGACUUUUCUCUACCUCUGUCAUUAGCAAUGGUUGAAAUCAUGUGGCUUGUGUUUGGAUGUCAUUUUGUAUGGAUCCUUUCACUUGACCAUAUGAUAAAAUGCUUGUAGAGAGUAGCACUGACCUAGAUGAUGAUUCUUCCUGCAGCAUCUGGCCCCUCAAAAUGUCAGAGGAUUUAAUUGUGUCUAAUUGCAAAGGGUUGGUUGAACCCCAGAGUUUAAAUAUCUCUGGUCUAAGUAUUCACCCAGUAAAAGAACCAUCCAGAAAGCACUGUUUUUAGCAUUAUGUAUCUGUGUGUUCCUGCUGUGUUAUUUACACUGUUUUGUAUUGUACAGUAUACGCGCUCAGCACUGCCCCCUUCUUUGAUUGCUCAUGAGAAACAAAAAUAAUGUAUGUUACUGUGAAUUUUUAUACCACUCAUUUUUAAAAGGGCUGCCUUUUUCCUUCUCCACAGUGUGGUGGUGUACACAGGACAGAUCAUACUUUUUUUUAACUUAAUCUUUCCCCUUGAUCCACUGUUGAUGAAUUAAAUCUAACCAAUUCAUCAAGACUUUUUUGCUUUAUUAUAGAGGCAUUUGAAAAUAUCCGCUAAUGUGAAUUUUACUUGAAUUCAGUCUGUUUGAUGUCUGUAUAGACCAGAAUCCAAUAUGCAUAUUUUGUUUUAUUUUCAAUUGGAGAACUUUUCCCAACUAAUAUAUUUUUAAAAACUUUUAAUUAUGAGAAUUUUAGAGAAUCAGGAUGGUGGGAAAGAUAAGAUAAUAUUAAGAACAGGAAACUUUUUGUUCUAAUGGAAUCAAAUUACUCAAUGCUGUAUGCUACUAUUUAAAUUGAGAGGACAACUUAUCAGCAUGGAGCUGUAACAGAUGGAAAAAAUUAUCUUGCAAUCAUGUGGACACCAAUCACAAAAGUAAAGCCCUUGCAUUGUGUUUUUCAUGUCUUUUUUCAGCCCUAUCAGAUACAAAUGUUAUUAUGCACUUUUUAAUGUUUGUAAACUUUUACUAAUAAUUAGUGUGAAUUGCAUUCUGAUACAAUAAUAAUUAUCAUUAGAAGCUAACAAAAUCCUCAUUAAUACUGUUGAUAGCCUCUGCUGUGUUUUGACAUCAUGGUUCUUAUAUGGGAAGUUUCUGUGAGCUGUGUAAUCCCAUUGGUCAGUAUUAUAAAAUCAUUUAUCAGUAGUAAUAAAUAAGGAACCGAUAAUAUGCCCAUGGCUCAUGGAUUACUGGACAAAUAACAGAUAACAGGAAGACCCUUUACAAUAAAGAGCCCACUUAAAUUAUCCUUGAGGUCUUAGAUACAGUCCCAUUUGUGGUAGGUUAAACAGCAUUUCCACAGAUAAUCUCCAUAGAUGUACCAGGAACUAAGCCCUCCUCCAUAGCUGCCUAUAGGAUGAAAGGUCAGUCUGCCCUCAUCUCUCCUUACAGUACUUCCCAAAUGAGUAGGAUAAGGGCAUGGGUAUCAUUUGGUCCUCAUCAUGUAUUACUAGAAAAAAUGUUAUAGGGUGAGUCUCUUAGAAAAUAGAAGAGUAAAUAUUAGAGUACUUCAUUCUAACCAGUUGGGGUCCAAAAUGCCCAGUUAAAAUUCAAAUAAUUCCACCUAUUAAUAGACUCACAAGUGGGAAGAAAGGUUCCUGAGACAUUUUUAGACAAUCUCUGGUAGUUCAUUUAAAAUAUCCAACCCAUAAAAUCACUUUUUCAAUAUCCUCAUUUACUAUCUUCAUAGCUUUCUUGUGAAUCUAGGUAAAGUUCUCUCCAUCCUUAAAGUUGUGGAAUUCCAAAUUGAUUACAUGUGAUUUUGUAAAGUUUAGGACUAGUGCUGAGUGUAUGUGGAGACUUUAUAUUCCUAUGUGAUAUACUAUUAUUAAUGCAUGUGGUGUCAUGCUUGUCUUUGAAUAUAUAAUAGUGAUAAGUUGCAAAGUCAUAUGGAGCUUUUGAAUUAUUUUGACCUCUUACUGCUACUUUGUCUGCUAUAUUAAAACCCAGAGAGAGUCCCAAGCUAGAAGAUAAAAAUCUAAUUUCCAAAAUAUCCAUAUCCUACAAAUGUUGCUCAGCAAAAGUUCACAGUGUCUUCCAAAUUGUAUUGUAAUCUCUUACUUGCAAAUCAAUAAUAUACAUGGAAUUGAAUUUUUAAGGAGAAAAUGAAAAGGUAGAAAACCAAGACAUUAGGUUUGAGAAUAUGUAUUGAAUGCCCUCUAACCAACUAACAUUAUGCUAAUCACUUUCCAGCACAUUUUCUCCAAUUUAAUUGUUUCUCAGAGAGUUUAAUUAAAGAGGUAGUGUUAUCCCAUUUCACAGAUUAAGAAAUUAAGGCUCAAUAAGUUAUAACUUUCCCAUGUUUAAAAAGCUAAUAAGUGAUGAAAUUAAGAUUUGAACCUAUCUUUGUCGGUUUCCAAGGAGCUUUCUACUGCACAGGCCAUAAAAUUAAAGCCAAUUAUAGAGCAUCUUUAUUUGUAAGGGAACAUUUAGAGAUGAACUGGUUCAUCCUCCAUAUAUUAUAGAGGGAAGCAGAGUCUCAGAAGGGGGAAUUGUCUUUCUCAAGGUUACUUAGAUGCGUAAAAACACAGAUGUGACCAGAUCAUAGAAAGUGUAUUUCAAAAGAAAAGAACGAAAGAACUUCAAUUAGAGUUUAUUUUUGUGUGUGUGUUAUACUUCAGAAUACCUUUCUGGCAUAUAGUCUAUAAAUUUAGCAUGGUUCAGAUUUUUUUUUUUUUUAUGUUCCAUGCUACUUGUUUUGUUUAAUUAACUAAAAGUACGAAAAUUUCAGUUUUACUCAUUUGUAGUAAGCAUGAACUUGUCAAAUUUACCUUUAUCAAUUGUAAACAUCCUAUGCCAACAUACUGUUCUCAUAAUUCAUAGAAAUGUUUUUCCAAUAUAUAACAAGCAGUCUUCAGGUUUUAGGUGAUGUCCCAAGAACUGCUCACUGUAAAUGCCCUAAACUUGCAGUAAAAGUGCACCAUUUAAUAAGAUGAAUGAUAUUGCUCUUUCUCUUCAGAGAAGCAAUAAUGGGUAAACAAAUGUCACUGCCAGGUAGCUUAGCUUCUGAGUAAAGCUUGUCAUAGUAGGAAGACAAUGUGUAGUUAUCAGGUAAAAACAGGAAGCCAUCUAUAAUUUAUGAUGUCUUAAUAGGCCCCAAAUUGUUCUUUAAUCAAAGAGUGGCAGUCUCUGAAGUCAUUUGUGAGCUUGUAUGACUUUUGUAUUUAGUAAUGUUGCAUGCUCACAUAAUUGAUAUUAAAAGUAAUACAUUUUUUCUGAAAUGUGCACAGUCUAUUAAGAGUAUUUAUUGAACAUACACUAUGUAUUUGGUGCUUGAGAAAGUGCUUCGAGUGAGAAGGAGAAAUUCAAGCCUCAGCCAUCCUGUGGUGGACAUACAGGACAUUCUGGCCUCACAUUUUCUGGCCCUUUACUCCAAAAAUUUUUACCUCCAUUCCACUCUGGUAGCCCACUUCCUGGACUUCAUCAUCUACCAGAGUCAAAUCUUAAAUUGUAAGCACCACUGUCUUCCUGUGGUUCUUACUUGCUCGUCUGCAGGGCAUUGAUUUUCAAUCAGAAGAAAGACCAGUGUUUAUCAGAAUCCCCUGAAAAUUUUACAACACUCCUUCCUCCACCUAUAUACAUUCUGUUUCUCUCACGCGCGCAUGCGUGCUCCAACACACACACGCACACUCUUCCACCUUGAAAACACUCCCUAUGUAACUCUGGCAUCUUUUUCCUAACCCACCCUCACCCUCACAACCUGAGAACCACUGAUUAAGAAAAAAUUCAGUUUCCAGAUGCACCAGCUCUGUUUAUGCCACUAAAAAGGUUUAAAAUGAGUCAGUAACAAAAAUGGAGUGCUCACAGACACCCCUGCUUUUACCCUAUUAAGAAUAACAUCUUGGGGUAGAAAAAGCAGAGGGUUUAACUUCUUUUAUUUUGCUGUUGCUCUCUCUUCAAUCACAUAAAGGGAGGGAAAGACCAAGCAGAAUCCAAGGUGGGACCCAGGAGAAAGUAAGCAUCAAAUAACAUCCUGAGUUCAGACAAGGUCUUAAGCAGACAGGGUAAAAGACGGUGCAGAUCUUUAGGUUCAUGUUAUUUAGGUCACAAGGAUAAAAUACUACACAGGGAUUUGGCACAAAAUGCUAGCCACGCAAAACAAGUUCUUAUUGUCUUUGGUGUUUCUUCUCUUUGUAUACUUGUUGCCUCUAUCUAGGCCAGAAUGUGGGGAUUUGGGAUCCUGGCCAUCUCUCACUAUAAAGUCAAAAUUAAUAAAACGUUCUGACUAUA